UCCCGGCCCCUCCAGCUCCGCUGCUGCCUUCCCCGCCCGGCGCGGCGCGAUGUGGCGGUGGCGGUAUGUGAGCGGCCGGCAGCUGGACGGCUUCCGCCACUACAAGUACAGUGCUGUGGAUACAAAUCCUUUAUCAGUGUAUGUCAUGCAGCCCAUCUGGAACAAAAUCAUUAAGAUAGUGCCUUUGUGGAUUGCUCCAAACCUGCUCACCUUUUCUGGAUUUGUCAUGAUUUUAGUUAACUAUUUUCUAAUAUCUUUUUAUGACUGGGACUACACUGCUUCGGGUACCAGCCCUGGACGUGUUCCAACCUGGGUGUGGCUGUUCAGUGCUUUUACCACCUUCUGCGCUUAUGCCUUAGAUUCCAUAGAUGGGAAGCAUGCUCGAAGGACUCAGUCCAGUAGUCCUCUGGGAGAAUUGUUUGACCAUGGGCUGGACAGCUGGGCUACCUCCAUUUUUGCACUCUCUUUUUUUUCUGUCUGUUCCCGGGACAAUGGGAAGACUGGAGUUUCUGUAUAUACAAUGUAUAUGUAUUUAAGCAUUGUCUUGUUUAACUUUAUGUGUUCACACUGGGAGAAAUAUAACACAGGAGUUCUUUUUCUUCCUUGGGGAUACGAUUUAAGCCAAGUGGUGUUAAUAACAGCAUAUCUGCUCACUGGCAUUGUUGGUGUGGAAGUUUGGCAGAAGCCUUUCCUGUUUGGUUAUUACAUUACAGAUGUUUUAGUAAUCUUGCUUAUAGGCUUCAGUUUACUUCUUUCAUUUCCACAGACACUAUACAACAUCCACAGAGCACAUUUAAGGAAAACACUGAAGAAUGAUUCUUUGUAUGAAGGACUCCUACCUCUUGUGUCACCUCUGUUGCUCUUCAUGCUUCUUACAGUCUGGGUGGUUUUAUCUCCAGGCAACAUAUUAGCAAAGCAGCCAAGAUUGUUUUUAUGGAUGGUUGGGGUUGCUUUCUCAAAUGUUAUUUGCAAAGUCAUCAUCUGCCAGAUGAGCAGCACACAGCCGGAGCUGCUGCACUGGUUCCUGUUUCCCUUGGCACUGGUGGUCUACGCAGCCAUCUCAGGGCUGCUGGGUCAGGCAGAGGAAGCCGUGCUGGGUGCAUUCACAGCGCUGCUCACGGCCGCACACGUGCACUACGGCAUCUGUGUGGGGAGGCAGCUGAGCGAACACUUCAACAUUUACAUCUUUUCCCUGAAGAAACGUGUCCAAGAGUGAACACCUGCACUGUGAUCGGACUGUGACACUUCACAUAAGAUUUCCAGCUUUUUGAUGUGAUCAGUAGUGGAAUGAAUCUGAUUAGAGCAACCAAAGAACAGAAUAGCCCAGAUACUCGAACUGCUUGACAACAAUGCUUCAUCUCAAAGGAAAAUUCCUGGCCUGCAGAGGCAUUUACCAGGUUGUUCUGCUGCCAGUAUUUACUCUCUUCACUAAUGCCGUAUCUCUACUGUGAAGCACUGGUCUUCCUCCUCCUUGCCACCGUGCCCCAAGCCCUGGGUACUGCCAUGCUGGGUCAUGUGGGACCCACCAUGUUUUGUAACUCUGCCUGCUCUGUCCACCAGUGGGACCCCACAGUGCAGACCCACCCAGUGCAUCCUUCCCACUCAGACAUCUGUGCCUGCUGCCGUUCCCAUAUCUGUUUCCUCACAACUCAUUUCUUCCAUGCAGCCUCCUGAAGGGCUUACGUACACCCAGGCUUUUCUUCACCUUAUCUGAAUGCGUGAAGAGAAUGAGAUCAGAAAGUUAUGGGCACACCAUCUCUUCCUCCUCUCCAGCAGUAGGGUGAGCCUCAGCUGACCCGCAUCUGUCAAAAACAUGGGCUCCAUACCCAAGGAACUUGCCUUUAUGCUUCUGUUCUAUGCAGAAACCAGUGCGCUCUUGGUACUGCAGUAGCAGCAAACGGCGUGCCCUACAGAAGUAACCAGCUGAGGAUAAAUGUAGUCAGCAAAGAUGCUCAUAUUUCACUGCCUGACGGGUGCUUGCUGAUAGGCCGACUCAGCAUGCAGCAUUCAAAACAAGCAAUGAAAAAUGAGCCAUGUUCCAAGCAUUUUUAAGCCCCAUCUCUCGAUGCAAAAUGCUAAGCAAGUAAUUAUUUGCUUCUGUUCUUGAUCCGAAUUCUUGUGGUUUUAGAUGAUGGAAAGAACAACAAACAAGACAAGAAUUGAGAAGAGCUUUUUUGCUUUUUAUCACCAUUUGCAUGCAGAUGUAAACUGCUCACUUCAUCCAUAAUCUGCAGGGGUUUUCUGUGUGCCUUGGAGGAAGGUGCAGGAAUCUGAGUUCCAUCUCUUCGCCUAUGCUGCCCUCGCCAAAGGGCCCUGUGGCCUUGCAGCUCUAACCAAACUACCUGCCCACUUGCCCCAAGGGGAGCACUUUAUUACAUCUCUUGCACAGACACGGGUGACUGAACAGCACGUGUGUCCAACAGGGAACUCUCAGCCACCAGAAGCAGGGCAGAAGUUAGCGAGUCGCUGAACAUUAGAUUCAUCAUAACCUGCGCACUGGGGACGAGCCUGCGGUUGCCUUUCCCCCUUCACAAAGCAGGGGGGGAGGCUGAUCAUCAGCAAGUGAGGAGCAGCAGCUUCCAGCCUCCCUCCCUGCUACAGGCUGUCCCAUUCCUGCCCUGGGAGCAUGAUGCUCCACAGAACUGCUCCCCAGGUGCCCGAGGUCUCUCUCAGAGCCAAGCUGAUGGCUGCUUAAUGAAGGAUGCUGCUAACAGUCCUGUGCAUGCUUUGUUUGAAGGGGAACUACGAGCCUGAGGCAGGUGUGCACCCAGCGGUCUCAUUGAUUCAGAUUUGAGAUUCAUCAUUGUAUAAGUCUCACCUAUUUCAAUAUUUUUAACACAUCCAUCAAAAAUGUCUGGAGGAAGACCUGACAAGAAAAGAACGUGAAUACAGAACCCAAAAAUAUGCCUGGGCUGAAAGUGAUAGGACUGGAGAACUCUGUGGACAGGUUUUCAUUUUCCUUCUAUCUUGCACUUAAAUUGUAAAAUAACUGGAAAUAAUGGUCACAGAAUUGACACAAUUGGAUGCACUGGAGUAUUUUGAAAUAUUACAUUGAUGAAAUUAUAAAACUUGAACUGUCACAGCUGCCUGCACUUGUCUCAUUCUGAAGUAUAACAUCAAUUUAAAAGGAAAUUGAGCACUUUUUUUUCCUUUUUAAAGUAAUUUGUCACUACAGUCUAUGUGAAGACAAGUAUAAGCAGAGAUAAUGCAAUGCACAGUGUACAUAUUGAAUUGUUAACCGUCAGAGAUGGUAACCAGUACAACGAGAAUAAAAAUGCUCUGUUCAUACAGCAGUAUGGUCCCAGAUUUAUUUCUGCCAUGUCAGGUAAUGGCAUGAGGAUGACCAGAACAUGUUGAAGAACAAUGCAAUUGUCUAAAAGUUUUCAGCUAUUUGAACUGGAAAACACAUUACCUCCUUUUUGUGCUGUUGCACAUUGGAACAGGCCCAAAGACACACAUAUCCCCAGUGGGCUAUGAAAGGUGAUUUCACUGGCUCUGCUCCACAGGCUGGAGUGCCGAGCUCCCCUCUGCCAGAAUCCUCCCAAAGUGGGGCUGGGCAGAGGAUCAGCCCCAGCCUGGUUGUAUCUGGAGGGCUCAGUCUGACCCUAUGGUGGUGGCACGCACCCAGGUGGCUUCAACCCACAGCACAGAGAUGUCCACCCCCAGCUCACACCCCUGCAAGUCAGCAGAACCGCUGCAGCACCACUGCAUGUGCUGCCAAAGCUCAGUCCUGAGAACUGCAAUAAAGUUUUCCCCUCUUCUUCACAAGUGGUCUUGCAAUCUAAACAAGGUGGCUUUUAGGUAUGGUGCAGCAGAUUCAUCCCUGAAUACUUGAAGUGCACGGGGUGCUUCAGUGCCUUUGCUGUACAGAAUCAUUGCCUUCCACAGAAUCAUGGAGGUUGGACAAAUCCUCUAAGACCACCUGGAUUAACCACCAGCCCACCCCCACCAUGCCCACUAACCACGUCCCUCAGUGCCACAUCCACAUGGUUCAUGAUCACCUCCAGGGACGGUGACUGCACCACCUCCCUGGGGAGCCUGAGCCACUGCCUCACUGCUCUGAGAAUAAAUUCCUCCAGAUAUCCAACCAGAACGUCCUCUAGCACAACUUAAGGCCAUCACCUCUCAUCCUAUCACUAGUUACCCCCACCUCUCCUUUAAGGUCAUUGCAGAGAUCAAUAAGGUCUCCCCUGAGCUUCCUCUUCUACAGACUGCACAAUCCCAGCUCCCUCCCAGCUCCCCCCCAUCAGACUUGUGCUCCAGAUCCAUCACAGCUUCGCUGCCCUUCUCUGGACACACUCCAGGGCCUCGAUGUCUUUCUUGUAGUGAGAGGCCCAAAACUGAACACAGUUCUCAUGGUUGCAGCCUCACCAGUACCCCACUCUUGCAUCCCUCAAGUUUUGCUUUUGCUGCAUUAAAACAAAGUAAUGUUACAUGAGAUUAAAUACUCGAAAGUUGGAAAUCUGGCAUAAAAAAGAGUGCUGUUCACAUGUACAUAGGUAUACACACGUAUGUGCAUGCAUAGAUACUAUUUGCACACACAGAAUAAGUGAAGUUAAUUUUUUAAAGCAGCUCUUUUCCCUCCUGCCCCCCUGUGCAGCCAGUCAUGAAGCAAGUAAAUGUUUUGAAAAAGAGAAAAGGAUUAUUUUAGCCUCUAGAACUGGACAGAUUUUAACAUACAUUUUUUUUAUUAAAUAUGUAAAAAGAUAAACGCAAGUCAAGUUAUUCACAUAUUCAGACAAAAAUCUACUCUACCAUGCGACAGUUUGUGGAUAAUGUGAAACGCCCGAUACAUCUGAAUAAGACUUUUAAAAUCUAUUAUGUCAUUACUUAUCUAUUUAUAAUUAACAAUACAUAUGUUUACAUUCCUUUCAGUUUACAUUUAAUAUAUAACCGAAGCUUUACGGUGUGCUAUUUAGUAAAGGUCAUUAGAGACGCCUAUUAAAACCAUAACAGAUUGAUGGGUUACUCACGGGGUGGCAGGAGGAAGACUCUCUCCUGCUCAGAGCACGGCUCUCCACUCAGCACAGCGGCUUCCAGCGCCAAGCAGGUGCAGCCCUGCCACGGCUGCCUGCCUCCCUCACUUCCCCAGACACGGCAGUGGGAGCCCUGUGCUCCUCAGGCCCAAAAAAGCAGAGAUGGAACCCGCCUGACACAAACCUCGGCUUGCUGUCGCUGUUGUUCUUUAUAUGUGCCCCAAAGAGGGAAAAGUCAGCAGCCUGGAUGUGAGACACCAGGAGCUCAGCCACCCAACUGCCUUGGGUUGGAUACCUUCAGAAGGAAGUCUUGGAGCGCUCCCCGUGCCCCUGCUCUACCGCUAGCAGGAUGAACUGUGGCCAUCAGAGACCAGGGCUGGCAAAACCAAAUUGAUGCCUGGUCCCAAACUGCGUGCCCCCCAUCCAAAAUCCCCUCCGGGUUAAAGGACAACCGCUCCUCAGUUCAACAGCGUUAUGAAGAACUACUGUUUAUUACAAUGACAAUUGUAAUAAGUACAUAUGUUCUAAUAAACACAAAUACAAUGAAAAUGACAAUUCCCCCAUCUGUGGUGAUUCCCAGAAAUAAUUCCUUUGGAAAAUAUGCAUUCUUAUACACCAGAUCUUACUUGUACCCAAUCAAAAUCAGGAAGGGAAGCACUGCCCUGUUGUUGGUUGCAGCACUUUUGGUGUCACCGGGCUGGUGCUGGAGGCACAGCCAGGAAACCCUCAAUGCGGAUGGUCCAAAACUCUUCUGCGGGGCAGGGGGAGUGAUCAAGGGAACUGAAAUACCUGUUCUAAUGUCUAGCAGUAUUCUAUAUAUUGCCUGCGGCGCAGCACAACAGCAGCGUUGUCACAUUUCACUCAGAGCCACUUAGCUGCAAAAGAUUUCUUGGGAAUAGAAAGCCGCAUGCGAGUGUGUGUAUGUGUGUGUGUGUGUGUGUGUGUGUGUGUGUGUGUCUGUGUGUGUUGGGGGG